UUUUUCAUUUCCCGCUAUGUUAACUCUCUCUCCUAAAACCCUAUCCUCUUCUUCGUUCACAGUGCACAAAUCGCAAAACCCUAGACGUAAAUCCCCAAAUUCAGGUAGACAUACUCUCAUUUUCGUGAAAUCCGAGGUCCAGAUUGAGAGAGGACUCGAAUUCGAAACGGGAGAGACGUUUUUCCGCCAUGAGAGCGCCAGAGGACGAGACCUCGGUGUGCUAUCGGCGACGCUCUACAAGAGAUCCAAAGGAAGCUUACGGGUACUCGACGCCAUGUGCGGAUGCGGAAUCAGGUCACUUCGUUAUCUUGCGGAGGCGGAUGCUGAUUUCGUCAUAGCGAACGACGCCAACGAUGCUAAUCGGAAGGUAAUCACGGACAAUCUGAGUAAAAUAGAGAGAGGCACAGGUGAUGAUAGGAGAUGGGUCGUGACGCAUAUGUUGGCUAACAAAGCGAUGAUUGAGCGAUAUAUGGUUGGGGAUUUCUUCGAUUUGAUUGACAUCGAUUCGUUUGGGAGCGACUCGGCUUUUCUGCGAGAUGCGUUUAAUGCAUUGAGAUUGGGUGGUUUGCUUUACCUGACGUCAACAGAUGGUUACUCCUCUGGUGGUCACAGACCUUACAAUUCCUUAGCAGCCUAUGGAGCAUUUAUUCGGCCAAUGCCAUUUGGGAAUGAGAUUGGGCUACGGAUGCUUAUAGGCGGUGCUGUAAGAGAAGCAUCUCUGCUUGGUUAUAAUGUUACGCCCCUUUUCUCAUACUAUUCUUAUCACGGACCUAUAUUUAGAGUGUUGCUUCGUGUUCACCGUGGGAAGCUACAUGAGGACAGGAACUAUGGUUUUGUCACUUUUUGUCAUCUAUGUGGCCAUUCUCAUACAGUGAGAUGGGACGAACUUGGUCUGAUUGGCUGUCCGUGCAGUGAUACAAAGGCUUCUUCUUCACUGGUAGUUUCAGGACCAAUGUGGCUUGGACCGCUUCAUGACGCAUCAUAUGUUACUGAAAUGCUGGAAUUGGCGAAGGAAUGGGGAUGGAUCAGUGAAGGCACUGGCAUGGAUCUGGAGAAGCUUCUAAGCAUAAUGAUUGAAGAGAGCGAUCUAAGACUGCCUCCCGGGUACACCAUAAUGGAUCAGAUGUCGAAGCGUGCGAAGAUGAACUCACCUUCGUUGAAGAAGAUGAUGAGUGCACUUGCUAAGGAGGGAUACGCUGUUAGCAGAUCUCAUAUUAUAUCUAAUGCUCUCAAAACAGAUUGCCCCAUGGCACAUUUUAUAAGAAUUGCCAAGGAUGAAAUGCAGAGUUGAUUUCCUUUUUCAUAUUUCUCACAUAUAAGAAUUGCCAAGAUUGAAAUGCAGAGAUGAUUUCAUUUUUCAAUUAGCAUUUUGUAACAUUAUAUAAGAAUAGCCAAGGAUAAA